UAUAUAUAUACAGUCUCCUCUCUCUCUCUCUCUCUCUCUAUAUAUAUAUAUAUAUAUAUACACAUAUUUUCAUUUCUUGUAUCUUUGUUUUGGUGGGUGAAUUGCAUUUAGAUUCAACCUCUCAACUUCAAUCAGACAUGAAGGUGAUUGUCUGACACCCAUUGGUAAUUAAAGUUGUACUUAUUUUGUUUGUUUCUUGUUUAAAUAAUUGUACUCAUCCUCUUUGUGAAAUUAUUUCGGAUCAUGUUCAUUUUUGGUUACCUUUUUGCUGCUCAAAUUGAAUUCAAGAUCAACCAUGAAAAUCGAUUUUGUUUUUGGUUUUUCCCGAUUGGUUUUCAGAAUUCUUAAUGCUUAAGUUUUCGAUUACUUUUACUUCAUCUCUCGUAUAGGUAUGUGUAUUUAGUCGAUUCAUGUUUGUGUGUGUUGUACGUGCUUCUUUUUUCCAAAUUCUAGCAAUCAGAUUCCGGAAUUUGAUUCGAGAUGUGAUGUGGUUCAUAUAAAUGGCCAAGUAUGUUCAAUUUUUGGAAGGGGUUAAUAGUAUUACUGUAGACUACUUUGAUCCUUUCUUCUGAAAAUUUUCUGCUAGUGUUUUGAUGAAUGUUAUCAAGUACCAAAUUUGCAACAUCCAUUCAUGAAGUCGAUGGUAAGGGGUAAUCAUCCUGGUAUUUUAUUAAAAUAAAACUUGAAAUAUAGAGAAAUUUUGUAUUCCUGUUCUUGCACAUAUUGAAUUUAGUUGAUUGGUGUUGAUGCCCUCUUUGGAAUUUAGAAGUGUGGUCUUGUAUGCACAUGGGCAUACCGUCCAAAUGGAUGUUUACCGGGGUGUUCCUCAGUUUUUCAUCUUUUUGGCGUUUUUAUCCCUAUCCUUGGGUUGUUGUUGGCUAUAGUUUCUGGCUUAGGUAGUUCUGAAAGCACUUGGAAAAUGAAAGAAAAAAGAGAGCAAACUAUGGUUCUACUUAUGUGCAAAGUGCAUGAUUCUUGUCUAGUAGGUACCUGGUUUUUUCGUACUGUAGAACACUGAAUGGAAAACUUAUGUGAAAUCAUGAGUUCAGCAAAACAUUUAUGGUUGCUUCAUUAGAUUUUUGAGGGAAUUCAGUCAUGCAACCAUUGACAAUAGUUUGGGGUGCCUGAGGAAUGCAGGGAGUAUGGGCAGAUAUAGAUAUGUGCCUGUUUGAUGAAUGUUAUUGAAACAUAUACAAGUAAUGAUGAGUUGGUAUACAUUUCCUAAAACCAGAUAAUUUCUGAUGUGAGUGAUAGAAUAGCAUACGAUGGUGUGUUAACCUGAUGCAGCAUGUGAUGUGGGCACCCUGAGAAGGAUGGUGAGGGUUAGGAGAAUAUACAGUUUGUAUGAAAUGCCAUUCAUUGUGCAAAACAUCUUUAUGCCACUAGGUCAUUUAGGUAACCAUAUGUGAUGCACAAUCUUUUUUUAACUUGAUGCUAAUUAACAUUCUUGUUAUGAGAAAUAGAUUAAUUUAGACUACUUCCAAUAUGGUUUGCAUCCGUGAUACAAUUUUUGAACACUUGAAUAUGUGGUUGUGUUGAUGUACUUUCUGUCAUGAAAAUUUGUUACUUCUUUCCCAAUGUUGAAUAUGGUAUCGGUUUUAAAUUUCAGGGAGAAUACUUGAUCGAGGUUGAAGCUCUGAUUGUAUUUUGACAUUAGGAAACACCCAAUUGCCGUUCUUGACAAGAUCAGUGCAGUUUGAGUUUUAGUGUUUUAGUGAGCCCUCUGGUGUUCUGAAGGAGAUAAAAUAUGUGCGAACCAGAUUCAGAUGUUGUUAAAUGGGGUCUUCAUUUCCUUGAUGUAGACCAAAUCUUUAGUUCUACUUAUUAUGGUGAUAGCAACCAACAAGAUAUGAACAUCUGUCAUGAACAGUAUAAUGGAGGUGGUUAUCAAGAGAAUGAAUUUAACAAUGUCGAAAAUGAUGAAAUGCUGGCUCACUCUCUUCAACAAGAACUACUGGAUUUCUCGAUUACAGAUGAAAAUGAACCAUCCAAUGUAGUGCAGGACCAUCUGCAAGUAUCCAAUCCAGUGGAGCAUUUACAAACAUCUUCUGAUACUCAAGACUGGUAUGGUCCCUCAUCAGAUAAUUACUAUUAUGGUGAUGAGUCCAGGUUGCAGGAAACAGAGGAAAUGGGACCAUCGAGUGCGUGCUCUAGUCCCGGAAACAGAUCUUAUGAUGGGGAUGAGUAUUCCUACAAUCUAGAGAUAACAGAUGAGUCCGAGCUUGAUGGAGAAGUAGGCAAAAGAUUGAAUGAAAUUGUCCCUGUUCCUCAUGUUCCCAAAGUUAACGGAGACAUACCUUCGGUUGAUGAAGCUACUACUGAUCAUCAGAGGCUGUUAGACAGGUUGCAGUUAUAUAACUUGAUCGAGUCUAAAGUUCAAGGUGACGGUAACUGUCAGUUUCGUGCUCUAUCAGACCAAUUCUACCGUUCACCAGAGCAUCAUAAAUUUGUGAGACGACAAGUGGUUAAUCAGCUUAAGUUGCAUCCAGAGAUAUACGAGGGAUAUGUCCCCAUGGCAUACAGCGACUACUUAAAAAGGAUUUCCAAGAGUGGAGAAUGGGGAGAUCAUGUCACCUUGCAAGCUGCCGCAGAUUCGUAUGGGGUCAAAAUUUUUGUUCUAACCUCAUUCAAAGAUACUUGUUCCAUAGAGAUUCUUCCGAAAGUGCAGAAAUCAAAGCGGGUCAUAUUCUUGAGCUUUUGGGCAGAGGUGCACUACAACUCGAUCUAUCCUGAAGGAGAGUUGCCGCCUCCGGAAUACAGGAGGAAGAGAAGGUGGUGGAAUUUUAAACACAGGCAUCAGGCAUAUCUGGAUUGAAAGAGAGGAAGAAAGGAUCUGUUUGCAGGCAGAGAUGGCAUUCUUAUUUAGUUAAUUAACAUCUAUAGCAGCAAAUUAAUAAGUUUAUAUAUAUAAUUUUACAUCAUCAUGUACAGCCCUGUUUUUUUGGUUCUUUUAAAAGCUACCAGAUGCUGAUGCUGAUGCUGAUGAACACUUGCUUAAUUCUGUUUCCCUUUUAAUUGGCAUGGUUAUAUUAUAAUGGUGGCAUUAGAUGGACCAA